AUGUUAAAUUUUGAUUUAAUGUCAGAUCAAGAUAGACGUGAAGCCGCAGCCAUAGAACGGCGAAGGGCCCUAGACGAGGAACGAAAAAAACGCAUUUUCAAUCCCAAAUAUAGGAUAAGCUUGGAUUAUGCUGCGCUUGAUGAGCAAGUGGAGCAAAAGCGGAAACAGAAAGAGGAAGAACGACAAAGGGAUAUCCAAUUCGAGGAACAACUGGCCCAAUAUUCGGAAAUUAGCAAGGAACUGGAAAAGCAGGAGAAAACGGAACGCAAGAAAUUAGCGCAAGAGAUAAACACGUUCCGUUUGAAUUUCCAAAAGCUGCAGGAUCGUAGGGAGUACGAUCUGAACGAUCCUAACACGUACAAAGCAAUCCCAGCGAGACUAUAUGACGAUGACCCAAGAUGCGGAGUUUCAUCAGCGCAAAAGUUCGAAGGUGAAGAUUUAUAUAGUAAGGAGAGGGCUGCGAUUCAGAGGGAGCAAUUGAAAGCAUUUUUGGACCAGCAGACUGCAGAGAAGGAAGCUGCUGAAAAGGAUCGAAUCGAUGCGGAAAACGCAUACAAAGCAGCCCUGAUGGCUAGAGAUCAAAGGGCCGUCGAAUUAUCCAAUCUAGAAAACGAGUGCAGGAAGAGAUUGAAUAAAGCGUGCUCGGAAUACAACCGAGCUUUGGCCGACGAAAGAGCAUUUAAAGAUGCGGAAAAAUCGAAGCAGGAGCUGCAAGAUACUAUGGCUCAUAAAUAUAAUGUUCUGAUGAGCGAUAUGAUGUUGGAGAACGUCGACACCGCUAGUAAUCUUGGACCUAACAGAAAAGUAGCUACGCAAUUUAAAGGCAUGACUGCUGCACAAAAAGCGAAUUUCAUAGCAGCCCAGAAAGCGCAAAUAUUAGAAGGAAAAGAAAAGAAAUUACAAGAAAAACGUUUGGAACAGGAUUACGAUGAAUACGUGAGCAAUUUGCAAAAAACUAUUUGCGCUAUGGACAAUGAAAUUGCACGCCAGCAAAGGCAACUCAACAAACAAGUGGCGGAAGAGAAUAAACGGCUCAGCAUUGAGCAAAAGAACCAUCAACAAUAUUUGAAGAGAAUUGUUUACACCAAUAAACCAACAGCUGCGUAUUAUGAUCAGUUUAAUAGAACUGCCAGAUAAAAUUGUUUUAUUAUUUAUCUAAAUAUUUGUAUUUAUAUAUUUCUUUUGAAUAAAUUCUA